GACGACAUCCUGAAAUUUGUUUUGCUUUGUGUGACCUUCGCCAUAGAGAGCAUCCAGACAAUCUUGUUCUGCUUUUCGGAAGCUUUUAAGGAAACUCAGACUGGAUAUCAACAUCACCAGAAGCGUCCAUGUCCAGAGGUCACUGCGUCCUUUCCCAAUCGGAUGCUGUUUGCAUGGAUGACAAAGUACAUCUACCUUGGGUGGCAAAGAGACCUUACGGAGGCUGACCUUUUUGACCUCAACCCACGAGACAGCAGUGACGUCAUUGUCCCGUCCUUUGAACGAGAGUGGGAGUUGGAGAGAGAAAGACUUAGGAACGAACAACGUGGCAAAGAAAAGUCAGGGAACGGCACCAACACCGACUCCGCUAUCACAUCACUUCAACUUCUUCCCAAAGACUCCAUAGAAGGAGACAUUCACUUUCAAGCAUCCGUCUUGGAAACCAGGUCCCUCGUCCCCAGCUGUUCCUCCCGAAGUUCACGAGGAAAUGGCGGGGUCACCACAGCCUAUGGAACCCUCCACCGCCCAGGGGACGACGAGGUGAAGCAAGAAACGCCGUCGCUGCUCCGAGUCUUGGUGAAGCUCGUAGGACCUCGGCUCAUCCUCGGGCUGUUCGCGAACGUGGUAUCCAAAGGGAUCUUGAUUUUAUGCCCCGUGUUAUUAGGGCUGCUGAUUGAGCAGGUGACCAGCCCCGACAACAACGACAAGCAGGCGAGGUCUGGCUACGUGCUGGCGGUGCUGAUGUUCCUGGUGUACAUGGUCAGGACACUGCUCUCCAACUUCAGCUUCUGGUGUUCACAAGUGGUCGGCAUGCAGCUGAAGACCAUCCUCAUUGCCGCCAUCUACAGAAAGUCACUAACGAUGAACAGCGCCGCACGGCGACUGGCAGCCAGCGGGGAGAUAACCAACCUCAUGUCUGUGGACUGUCAACGCAUUCAGGACGCCAUGUUCUAUUUCGUCACUUGGACCACUCCUCUACAGAUUAUCAUGGUUGUCGGUGUCCUCUACGUCUACAUCGGCCCCUCAGUCUUCGCCGGCGUCAUCGUGCUUCUCCUUCUCGUCCCCCUCAACUCCUACAUCUCAAGUUGGCAAAAGAAACUCAACAUCAGCAACCUCGAGUUCAAGGACAAGAGGCUUAGGCUGACCAAUGAUAUGUUGAGUGGAAUGAGGGUGGUAAAGAUGUACGCAUGGGAACCUUCCUUCGAGAAGAUGAUCAAUGACUUGAGGAGCGAGGAGACAAAUGUGUUGCUCAGAAUUUCCUACCUGAACAUGUUUAUGAGUGUGUGCUGCUACUUCGCACCUUUCCUGGUAACUCUGGCCACGUUAGCAACAUUUGUGGUUGUCUCCCCUGACAACCACCUGGACGCUCGGCGGGUCUUUGUCACCUUGGCCUUGUUGAACUUGCUGAGAGAUCCCCUGACCUUCUGUUUAUCUUUGGUGUCAGUGCAAAGGAUCAACAAGUUUCUGUGCUGUGAAGACCUUGACACAGACAGCGUUACCUGUGCUGCUGAUGCAGUCGACGCCAUUUCCAUCAGAAACGGAAAGUUCACGUGGGACAAACACUACGAACCUGUCUUGAAAAACAUCGACAUCAGCGUCGGUGUCGGCAGGCUGGUAGCAGUGGUGGGUCACGUGGGAAGCGGAAAGUCUUCAUUGAUCUCGUCACUUCUUGGAGAAAUAGAAAAAGUGUCAGGGAAAGUAACCAUAAAGAGUUCGAUGGCCUACGUCCCUCAGCAAGCGUGGAUACAAAAUACAACACUACGCGAUAACAUUCUGUUCGGGAAACUCUUCAACGAACAAAGAUAUCAACAGGUCCUGCGGGCAUGCGCACUUGAGCCCGACCUGGCAAUACUGUCUGCUGGAGACAUGACUGAGAUUGGUGAAAGGGGCAUCAACCUCAGUGGGGGUCAGAAGCAGAGAGUGAGUCUGGCCCGCGCCGUGUACAGUGACAGCGACAUCUACCUACUGGACGACCCGCUCAGCGCCGUGGUCCACGUGGGCAAACACAUCUUCACCGAGGUCAUUGGCCCCAACGGCUUGCUCCGUCAUACACGGUUCCAAGGCAGUACAUAUUCUACUUAUCUUUCACUUACACGGGUGCUGGUGACACACGGCAUCCACUGGCUGCCGAUGGUUGACGAGAUCAUCGUGCUGUCCGACAACGGCAUCUCGGAGAAAGGCAGCUACGACACUCUCAUGUCCCACAACGGACCCUUCGCUAACUUCGUCAAACUUCAUCUGCAACAGAGGGAGGACUCGGAGGAAGAUGAAGACCCCGAGAGUGAAGUGGAGCGUGUUUCUGCACCUACGUACGAGCAGCAGGUGCUUUACCCUUCACGGCAUCCAUUUUGUUCUUCCUCCUCUUUCAAGCCGUCAACGCAUCAAAGUAACUUCUGGCUCAGCCGCUGGACAGACGACAACUUCCUCGCCACAUCCCACGGAAACGCCACCUUGCGGCACAACUACAAAGCCAAGAAUGACUAUUACUUGAUGCUGUUUGGAAUGUUUGGCAUCGGGCAGAACCUUCUACAUCCGACGUCCCGGCAGCUGAAGAGGAUGGAGUCGGUCACUCACAGCCCCAUCUACGUCCACUUCAGCGAGACCAUCAGCGGCGGCGCCACCAUCCGCGCCUACCGAGCGGUCGACCGCUUCAUCGAGGAGAUAAAACGACGGGUGGACAGAAACCAGUCCUUGUACUUCACUAGUCUUAGCGCACACAGGUGGAUGACAAUGAACAUAGAAAUCAUCACAAAUCUUAUCAUUUUCGGUGCUGCCAUCUGUUCCAUUGUCACCCCUGGCAUUGGAGAAGGAACUUUGGGAUUCUCUGUGACUUACGCAAUGCAGAUGUCGGAAUAUAUCAGCUGGAUGGUCCGAAAGAUUACCGACCUUGUAACAAAUAUGGUGUCCGUGGAGAGGGUGAGGGAAUACUCACAGCUGGAGUCAGAGGCUCCAUGGACUAAUCCUUUGAGACGUCCAGAUCCUUCAUGGCCCGAGAGAGGUCGCCUGUGUUUCAGUGAGUACAGCACGCGCUAUCGACCCGGCCUUGACCUCGUGUUGCGAGACAUCAGCUUCGUUGUUGAGGCUGGUCAGAAGGUCGGUAUCGUUGGAAGGACAGGGGCAGGUAAAUCCUCGAUGACGCUUUCUCUCUUCCGGUUGAUCGAGGCCUGUAACGGCUACAUCAUGAUCGACGGCGUCAACAUCGCCGACAUCGGGCUCCACGACCUGCGCUCUCGCAUCACCAUCCUUGAUCCCGUUCUCUUCUCUGGCACUCUACGGAUGAACCUUGACCCACUGGAUCAAUAUUCAGAUGACCAAAUAUGGAAAGCACUGGAGACUGCUCAACUUAAACGUUUUGCAGAAGAGUUGCCAGAAAACCUGAACCACCAGGUCGGAGAAGGGGGACAAAAGCUAAGUGUAGGUCAGCGGCAGUUGGUGUGUCUGGCCAGGUCGCUACUUCGCCGAACCAAAAUCCUGGUCCUGGACGAGGCCACGGCCGCCGUUGACAUGGAGACGGACUCCCUCAUCCAGAACACCAUCCGUGAGGCCUUCAGCUCCUGCACUAUCAUCACCAUUGCACACCGCCUCAACACCAUCAUGGACUACGACAGGAUCCUCGUGCUGGAUGAAGGGUUGGUGAAGGAGUACGACUCGCCCCACGUGCUUCUUGCGGACAAGAAGAGUAUUUUCUACGGCAUGGCCAAGGACGCUGGGCUUGUGUAACAUGUCAAAGGCACUGACCUGUGAAAAUUAUCAGACACGUCGUCCUGCAUGUGUUCGUUAAUUGCACUUGGGCUACCAACGUGUUCGACGCACGCGCAAACAGCUAAAAUCGGUUGAUGUCCAUCGUUUUAUUCUCUAAGUCAUUCUGCUAAAGAAAUAGAAGACUUAUUUAUUAAAGAGUGUAGGUUUUUUUACUGUUAUAUUGUUUUAUUAAUGUUUUGUAAUCUCCCCUUCUCUAAAACAAAGGUUGUCGGAUCAAUCAAUCAAUCAAUCAAUUAAUCAAUCAAAUUCGUACAAAACGACAUUUUUUAACGGAACAAAUGGCUGACGUAGGUGACUUCAAUGUCAUGUAAAUCUUGUAUCACAGACUUGACAAUUAUCGCCAGAUGUCGCUGUCCGACCCUCCCGUCUCCCCCGCCCCUAUAAAGUAGAUUAACCGUAAGCCGAAAAAUGUCCUCCAUGAGCGUUGGCGCUUACAGCUACACCAUACGACAUCUGGCUGUAAUCUUUUCACAUCUUUGUUGUCUCACACCUACACUACCGCCGCCACCUACACAUGGACAGGUCAAGGUGUCACGUGAUGUGGUAAUAGGAAGGUGUACGAAUAAGGAAUUUUAUCGGUCAACCUGAGAACAGAUGACUGAUCCAUGAUUCUUGCGCAUACAUUGUGUUGAGGUGAGAAGUGAUUAAAUGAAAAAGGAAGCUCACAUUGAACUGUGUCCAGCUGAGAAGCUUAACCCUCAGUAGAGAUGUAUGGACUAUGUCACAGUUGUCUUAGUCAACAAAUA